UAUAUAGAGAGGAGAAACCUGCAGUCUCUCUAAUCAUCUAGAUCUCUGCCAGUCCACCACCAUGUACCUGAACCUCCUCAUCCUCCUCCAACUCCUUUCCUCUGCGGGAGCCUCUGAGAGUGGUAUUGUGGGUGGUAAGAUAGCUAAGCCCCACUCAAGGCCCUAUAUGGUCUCUCUGCAACACAGAGGACACCAUGUUUGUGGAGGAAUGCUCAUCCGGGAGGACUUUGUCCUGACUUCAGCACACUGCUUGAAAAAUGCUUAUCCUUUAACGGUGGUUCUUGGAGCUCACGACCUAACCAAAGAAGAGAAGAAGAGUCGGCAAGAGAUUCAGGUGGUACAUCACCAUCGCCAUCCUUUGCACAGACAAUAUAGCCAGCUCACUUAUGACAUCAUGCUACUCCAGUUAAAGACUAAAGCAAAACUGAACAGGUAUGUAAAAGUCACUGGACUCCCAAAGAAGGAUGGAUCAACCCCAGUAAACAUCAAGUGCUCUGUAGCUGGUUGGGGCAAGACUAACUCGAACAACAACCAGGGUUCUGGCGUUUUGAUGGAAGUGGCGGUGACGGUGGAGGAUGACUCUGAAUGCAAGAAGGUGUGGCAGAAAUACUUUGACAAAAAACAAAUGAUGUGCACUCGUACUACCGGAGGGAAAGGAUUUUGUCAGGGAGAUUCAGGGGGACCUCUUAUUUGUAACAACAAGGCACAGGGUAUCGUUGCUUUUAAUUAUCCUGAGAGAUGUGAUGAUUCCCAAUAUCCUCAUGUGUUCAUGAACAUCCCUUUCUUUCUGCCCUGGAUUAAAGAGGUGUUGCACGGAUAUGGUGCCAACAUGUCUUUAAACAAGCAGGAAUAAAGGACUAGGAAGGACGUUGAUUAUAGUGUACUAACAUAAUGGUAUCUAUUCCUGCAUAAAUACACUUCUCAUCAUGCCCUGGAUAGAGGACAAGUUUCUGAUAAAGCUAAACCUUCACCCGUUCAUAGUUGUUAGAGAGAGAAAGAGAGACAGAGAGAAAGAGACAGACAGACAGAGAGGGAGUGUGUGUGUGUGUGUGUGUGUGUGUGUGUGUGUGUGUGUGUGUGUGUGUGUGUCCUGGAUAGAGGACAAGUUUCUGAUAAAGCUAAACCUUCACCCGUUCAUAGUUGUUAGAGAGAGAAAGAGAGACAGAGAGAAAGAGACAGACAGAGAGGGAGUGUGUGUGUGUGUGUGUGUGUGUGCGUGCGUGCGUGCGUGCGUGUGUGUGUGUGUGUGUGUGUGUGUGUGUGUGUGUGUGUGUGUGUGUGCAGGCUCCGUGCAGUGUCAUAGUGCAGGCUUUUGAAGGGUAUUGUGGCUCUUACUAAUUCAACAACAUGUGAUGAUCCUAAGUACCCCUGUGUUGACAAUAACAAUAAUGGAUCGAGGACAAGUUUCUGAUUUUUAUCAUUUUGUUUCCAUUUAAAACACAUUUAUAACUGAUUUUAACUGAUUUUAACUGAUUUUAACUGAUUUUAACUGAUUUUAACUGAUUUUAACUGAUUAUAACUGAUUAUAACUGAUUUUAACUGAUUAUAACUGAUUUUAACUGAUUUUAACUGAUUUUAACUGAUUUUAACUGAUUUUAACUGAUUUUAACUGAUUAUAACUGAUUAUAACUGAUUAUAACUGAUUAUAACUGAUUUUAACUGAUUUUAACUGAUUAUAACUGAUUAUAACUGAUUUUAACUGAUUAUAACUGAUUAUAACUGAUUUUAACUGAUUAUAACUGAUUAUAACUGAUUAUAACUGAUUAUAACUGAUUUUAUUGUUUAGAUUUGUUUUUAUAUAUAUUUUUUGCAAUUAGUAAUUAGAAAAUAAUUUAAAAGGUAAAGCAAAACCUUUAGUCAUUGUUGCUAAUUUUGGAUAGUCCUGACCGUAGAUCGCUUUGUAUGUUUCUAUUUUUAGUUUGGUCAGGGUGUGAUGAGGGUGGCUAUUCUAUGUUUUUGUUCUAUGUUUUCUAUUUCUAUGUGUUUGGCAUGGUAUGGUUCCCAAUCAGAGGCAGCUGUCAAUCGUUGUCUCUGAUUGAGAACCAUACUUAGGCAGCUUGGUUUCACCCUUGAGUUGUGUGCAGUUGUUUUCUGUUUUGUGUGUAUCACCUGACAGAACUGGUUCGUUCUCGUUAUUCCUCGUUGUUAUUUUGUUUAGUGUUCAGUUUUGAUUAAAUUUACAACAUGAUCACUUACCACGCUGCACCUUGGUCCUCUCCUUCUUCCACCUACGACGAUGGUUACAAUCUGGUCAUACUACCAACAAACUAUCUGUUGAUAAGCAACUGCUUGCUAAGGUUAGGGUUAUGUUUAGAAUAAGGGUUAUGGUUUAAAGUUUAGCAUAAGGGACUAAGGGUUAGGAUGAAGGGUUUACGGCUUGGGUUAGCGUUAGUAGAUAGUUAGUUGGGAUGUUACAGAUGGUCUGUAGGGUUCGUAAACUCUUUUGGCCCCAUAAGGACAUCACAAUAGCUCAUAAUGACAUCACAAUACCUCAAAUACCCAUAACCAACCCAAUUUUGAUAUUUAAAGAAUGCGAGACCCACACCAUGUAAAAAAAAAUAUGUAAUCUAUUGACUUUUUUUUAUGACAAUGACAAUCGAAAACAAAUAAGUCUGACAGUAUUUUUGACAGCAUUUCAAUCUGAAGACAGUAUGGUUUUGAUGUGACUGAAAUGCAUCUGAAAGGUAUUGGGAUGUUCAGAAAAUCAACAGGCAAUAAUGUUGUAUGAUCUUCUGUGUAGUGAUGGGGUCAAAUUGGGGUCAUAAGGGCUACACCAAAUGUUUGAUGUAUUAUAAUAAUUGAUCAUGCUUAUGUUGUAUUAAUAGAAGUGGAAGGGUUAUAAGACCCCUCCCCCACUACAUUUAUAGGGUCCUAGACUACAGAUGAACUAUAUAUGUGCAUUAUAAGGUUUUAAAUGGUUUCACAGUUCUUUUCUAGUCUCGGCCUCUCAUAAAGAAAAGGUCUGAGAGAUGUGUGCGUUAUUGCAUGGGGUCUGUGAGAAAUCACUUCAAAGAUAAACACAGAACCCUUCAGGGGAGUAAAAUAGAUGAGACUAGUCAGACAUACCUCUAUAAAUCAACUUGGGGGAGUGGACAUUUACUGCUGAGCCCUUAGAAUACACUGGAACUAUUUCUCUUGCCAGUCUGUAUAGCUGUGUAUGCAUGGGCUUGGUCUGAUGAGUAGAAGGUAAUGACUUAAUCAGUGACAUCACUAGGGCUGGACUUCGAGCUUAAUAAAAUAACUUGGGACUUUUCCUAUUUUGCAGAACUCAGGAGAGACAUCAUCACCUCCCUCUUGUAAUUGUAAAAACAAAGGAACCUAAAAAUGUGCAAGUAUAAGUCAAUGAAUGUGUUAUAAUUGUUGUAUGUCAAUGUGUGUUUAUAUGUUAUAUAUACAGUGGGGCAAAAAAGUAUUCUGUGAGGGGGUCUCCAGAUCGCAACCCCAUAGAAAAUCUUUGGAGGGAGUUGAAAGUCCGUGUUUCCCAGCAACAGCCCCAAAACAUCACUGCUCUAGAGGAGAUCUGCAUGGAGGAAUGGGCCAAAAUACCAGCAACCAUGUGUGAAAACAUUGUGAAGACUUACAGAAAAUGUUUGACCUCUGUCAUUGCCAACAAAGGGUAUAUAACAAAGUAUUGAGAUAAACUUUUGUUAUUGACCAAAUACUUAUUUUCCACCAUAAUUUGCAAAUAGAUUCAU